ACAAAAGGCAAAUAUCGAUGCUUCAAAAGCUUAUAAAGAUUUUACUCUUAUUUUCCCUUUACCUUAUCCAAAUCUCUCUGCUCCUCCCACUGACUCUUCAAUCUCCUUCUCCUUCCUCUGUUUCAUGGACGCCACCUCUCUCUCCCACCAGGGAUCCCUCCCCUUUCUCCCCUCCCGCCGCGAUUCCCUCAGACAUCGAAACGGCGGCGUUUGCGCUCUCUUCCCGUGGCGGCGUAAGCUCCGGUACGAUUCGAUGGUGGUUGUUGCCUCCGCGGGAGCGGGAGCGAGCCUCGACGCUCCUCUCCUACCCCGCUCGGCUCAGGGGAAGUUUCUAAGCUGCGUCUUGUCGAAAAAGCGGCCGCUUUUUCAUUUCGCCGUCGCUGAUUUGCUCAAACAGCUCGCGGAAGACAAGGAAGCUGCUUUAUCUCGCAUGUUCCUUAGUUCUGGAUCCGAUGAAGCUUCUCUCCACAGAAGGAUAGCUCAACUCAAGGAGAGUAAUUGCCAAACCGCGAUUGAAGACAUAAUGUACAUGUUAAUCUUGUACAAAUUCUCGGAGAUUCGUGUACCUCUUGUUCCAAAGCUCUCGAGCUGUGUCUACAACGGAAGACUCGAGAUCUGGCCUUCUAAAGACUGGGAGCUCGAAUCAAUCCACACCUUGGACGUUCUUGAACUCAUCAAGGAACAUAGUAACGCAGUCAUUAGUUUGAGAGUGGAUUCAACUUUGACUGAUGAUUUGGAGACGACCGAGAUCGAUAAGCAUCAUCUCAGUAGAGUCUACACAGCUUCGGUUUUAUAUGGUUACUUUUUGAAAUCGGCUUCACUCAGGCACCAACUCGAAUGCUCGCUGUCCGAAGGCAUUACCAAGCAGCUGAGACAUUAUAUCUCAGGGUUUGAUCCUAAGAUUUUGCAGAGAUGCGCGAAGCCGAGGUCACGUGAAGCUAAGAACUUGAUAGAGAAGCAGAGCUUGGCUCUUUUUGGUUCAGAGGAGAAGGAGGAAGGGAGCAUGAUCGUGACGACAUCGUUUUCGAGCUUGAAGAGACUGCUUCUGGAGGCUGUGGCGUUUGGUACGUUUCUAUGGGACACAGAGGAGUAUGUAGACGGUGCGUUUAAGCUCAAGGAGAAUGAGAAUGCAGAGGAGAAUAGCAGUGUCUGAUAUGAACCAGUUUGGUAUCUUUUUUUUGGUGCAGACUCCAUAUAUAUAGAGAGGGAGUGAAUACGAAAGGUGUCUACAGGGCUAAUGAAAACUGUUUGUUUUUGGUCUAUAGUUUGCGUGAUUAUAUGUAUAGUGUGUUUACACAGAGAGACUGGGUUUGUUUUGUAGCUGUUAUGUGUUCUAUCAUGUGUUGGUUCUCAGUGAAAGACAAAGCUUAACGUUUCGAAUGCUAAUAGUUAAAACUGCACUGCAUCACAGUUGGGAUCAAACCCGAAUGAAUACUUGAAAUUUAUAAGCACAUUGCAAUUAUUUUUGUAUGU